GCAUGAGAAAUGAGUCAUUUAGGGCCCAUGCACAGGCCUGGAAAUCCAAUCAAAAAACAAGACAGGACACGUUCCCACCAGAUCGUCAUCUAGCACGACGACCACUAACCCACAGAGUCUGAUUGCUACAGCUUCCUCCUUUCAUUUCUUCUCACAAAGCAUAAACAUAAACGGAUCGUCAUCUAUUUCUGUUUCUGUCUCCAUUACAAUUCUAUAUAGCACUAAUUCAUUGAAAACAUGUUCUUGUAAUGAUGCAUUUCCAAAUUCCAAAUCCAACUCACCAUUGAAUUGAAUCUUGCGUAUAUAAUCAUGGGCUCCACCCAGUCCGCACAAGCAGCUCAAGACGACGGAGAAGAAAGCGAAGAAGAUAAAGACGACGACGACGAAGAAGAAGAAGAGCUGGAACAGCCUAACGCGAGAGAAAUCAUUGACAGCAACAAUAAUUUAGUCAAGAAGGUUCUACAACAGGAGCCAGAGAUGCUGCCCUGUUACGCAUCAGCAUCGCCUCUCUCUCCUCAGCUCUCAUCUCUAGGUACCCCCAGGCUCGGCCCUUCUAUCAAGGUGUGGGACCCUUACAAUGUCCUCGCACCGCCCCCUCCCCCGCCCCCGCCAUUGCCUAUUUUCUCCUCCUCCACCGAUGAAGUUGGCGUUUUGGAGGUGUUUUUGAUCAGUCAUGGAGAGUGUGAGCUCAAUUUGAGGCCUGAUUUAGUCGGUGGGAGGUGCCACGUGUCUGCUCUGACUCCCAAUGGGCAGCGACAAGCUAGGGCUCUUGCUGUCUUCUUCAACUCUCAAGGGGUCAGCUUCCAUUCCGUUUACUCGUCGCCCUUGAAUCGUGCUAGAUCAAUGGCUGUCUCCGUUUGCCAGGAAAUGAAUUUUGCCGAGGAACAAAUACAAUCAUCGGAUGCACUCAUGGAUUUGAACAUGGGGCUUUGGGAAGGUUGCUCCCUUUCAGAUAUAUAUACACCUGAAUUUCAGGGCCUGCUUGAAAAUCUUCAGCCCGACUUUUGUGCACCAUCUGGAGAAUCAAUUAGGCAAGUGGAAUUUAGGAUGGUUCAGUUCCUAAAUAGGACAGUCCUGGGGAUGCCUGAAAAGUUGGGAUCAGAUUUCUUGUUGCACCAUCAACAUGAGAGCCAUGGGUUUUCUCAUGACAGAGAUGGGCCUUCUCUACCACCACCUUCAAAUUGGGAUAUGCAGCAUAUGCUUCAUAGGCAUCGACAGGGCCUCGCAAGGAAAAAGUCUGGUAAGAGCAGGCUACAAUUUGUGACUACUACUGGCAAUCACGAGGGUGAAGAUGAGAUCUCACUUGGGGAAGCCAGCCACCAACACACGAUCCAUGAUUUGAAUAUCAGGAACUCAUCCUCCCCAGUAUCUUCAUGUGUGGGUGUUUUCACGCAUUCAAUUCCUAUUAAGUGUCUACUCACAGGCAUCCUAGGGUGCAGCCCAGUAAUGACGCGUAAGAUCUGCAUAGAAGAUUCUUCGGUGACAGUGUUGCAGCAUUCAUGUAAAACAGGUUGGCAGAUUAAACGCUUGAAUGAUACUGCACAUUUGAGACUUCUCUAGGUGGAGAAUUAUCAACUCCUCAAUUGGAGCUAUCGAUGGGAUAAUGAGCUGUUAAUUUUUUGAGAAGAAGCUGUUAUUUUUACUGUUUAUGGAUGUAUUUAGGCUCAUGAUUUCACUUGUAUUGAUGCUGCUUCUGCAUCCUGUUGUAAUUUUGGUAUAUUUGCUUACAGAUUUGCCAACUUACAUCAAACAAAAAAAGAUUGGUUUGGAAGUUGGCUUUUGUAUUGGAUGAUUCUUUUGAUCUA